AUGACGAUGGCGCUCCCACCCAUCCUCGGAGGGCCAUCCCCCUCGCAGCAGACGCCCAUGCAGCUGGACCUCGAUCGUCCGGAGCGAGCCAUUGCCCAACUUAAGGCCAUCCGCAACUCGGUCAUUGGGUCUAGAACCAAGAAGUCGAAUCUCGUCCACACCGGCGUCAUCGAGCAGCUCGUCCAGCUCCUACGCAUCGAUCUCAACUCGACGCCCUUUGCAUCAGACCUCGUCAGCCUCUCUGCGACCAUCGUCGCAUCGCUCGCCAACACGCCGGCACAGUCUACACUACUCCAGCUCAUGCGCUCUGGUACUCAUGAUGCUCUUCUAUGUUGUCUGCGCAAUGUCAGUCGAGAGCUCAGCCGGGCCAAACAACACAUCCUCGACCAGACAGAGGGCGGCUUGGAUGCAUUGCGGCUUGUCGAAUCUCUACUUAGGGCGCUGCGGUCGAUCUUGCUGUCUGUAGCGGAUCAGCUCUCUGCAAGCCCGAGAUGGGGUAUCGGCUCGACCUGGGGCACCAAAGCUGCAGCAUCUGGAGUAGCCAUCGCUCGCGCCGGCUCGAACACUGCUGCGACCAAGAUCUUUGGCAAAAGCAGCCGCGACUCCUUCUCGGCUACGUCAGGCCCUCUCUCCGACAUCCUGAUGAACAGUGCCAGCCAAGACAACUUGCGCGCGAAAGCAAACGAUACGGUGGUCGAAACAGAAGUGGAACAGCAACGCGAACUGCGUUACCUUUCCAGACUCUUUCUUGCUCAGGUGUAUGAUCCAAUCAACUUGCCUAUUCUGCUGGGUCCGCUCUGCAUGUGCGCCAUACCUCAGCAGCAAGGCUCGACAUCCGCAGCGUCUUCUCCUCGACCAUCUCAGGCUCGUCUCGCGGACGCUGCUCCAUCGAUUGCGACAGAACAGCGCCAGGCGUUCCGAGCAUCUUCAUCAAGCGCAUCGACAGGAACCAGUGUCCACGUCGAGACCCUCCCCAUGACUGUCAAGACCAAGAUUCUCAGCGUUGUCGAGAUGAUCUGCGCUAUCCUUGCAGCGACGAUCUUCAUCCCUGGCUGCAACACUGACCCAGGCGCUGACCGGCCAACAUCACUAGCAGAGCAGAUCGCCCAUCGUCGCGCCCGGAUACUGGACUUCAUCGCGUCCGACAGUCCCUUCGCGCCGGGCUCCACGAGUGCCGAAGCCUCAUCGCGUGGUCGCUCCGAAGGUGUCCCCGUCAGCCGGCUGCCAUCCGGCCUGCAAGCCGAAGUGAUCCGCAAAGGUUCCCGCUCCCGAUCGCGCAUGAAGGACGCCGACAACCCCAACCUACCGCCGUGGGAAGAGGACGAGCCGCGCUCCGAAUCCGACCUUACCGUCUCGGGCCCGCCAUGCCUCUUCACCGUUCUGCUCGCCACUGCCGAGAGCGGCUUCGUCAAAGCUCAGGAGGCAGCACUCUUCUGCCUCGCCGAGAUCACCCGUGACGAGCCCCGAGCGUCCCACCGUCUGUUCGGCUACGCCGCCCCGUCUGGCACCAUCCCCACCACUCUCCUGCUCAACUUGCGCCAGUCGAGCAACCCCAACGUCCGCCUCGCCGCCUUCAGCUGUCUCGCCAACAUCGUCAAGGUGCAGCCUUUCUCCGCGAAGACGCACCAGUGCGUGUUGGAAGUGCUGAUGGAGCUGCUGGACACGCCUUCUGGACCCCGGGCUGGGUCGGUGAGCCAAGGCGCGAGUACAGUGGAGACCCAGAUCCAAGCUGCCUUUUCGAUCGCCCGCCUCGUCGCUGAUAACGUGACACUGCAGACGUUGGCAACGGAGAGCUUUGGCGCGCUGCAGAAGCUGGCGACGCUGCUCGACCAGGCGUGCAAUCGAUCUCAGCCGCCCAGCGGCAAGGCGGAACGGGGUAGUACAACGACGAUUCUGGGCAGCAUUGCGGUCAGCACGCCUCGACACGAUGCGACGUUGGGAGUGGCUCCGCCUGCGGUGGACGAGUCGGCGAUCCGACUCCGCGAGGCAUGCCUGACAGCGCUAGCAGCGCUGACGUUCCAGCACGACGAACCGCGUCGCAAACUCAUCGACACCGUCUCGCCGUCGGUGCUGACCAUGGUUGUGUCGAGCAUCGGCUUCCCAGCCCUAGGCGUGCGGGUGGCGGCGUGCCGUCUGGCCCGUGCGCUGUCCAGGAGCUUGUCCAUCCUGCGCACCUCCAUCGUCGACGCUGGCGUCGCACCUAAGCUCGUAUCCCUGCUGCAAGACCCCGAAGAGGAGGAGGUGGUCAAAAUCGAAGCUACCGCAGCGAUCUGCAAUCUCGUGCUCGACUUUAGUCCUAUGAAGAAGCUCAUCCUCGAGCUUGGUGGGGUGGACAGUCUGGUGUCGCUCGCACACACGGGUGGGUCUGCCCCUUCUACGCGCGAUGCGGAACGAUACUUCACUCUUUCCGCUUCCGCCUCCAUGCCUCCCCCAUCCUCCAGUUCACACCUCUCCGGCUCCCAACAGCUACGUCUGCAUGCACUGUGGGGGUUGAAAAACCUGCUCUCUCACUCGGAUACCCCGCUCAAGACGCAGGUGAUGGGCAAGUUGUCGUUCGACUUCAUCGCAGGGUUGUGCGAAAGCCCGGUGAUGCCAUUCAAAGAGCAGGCGCUGAACAUCCUCCGCAAUGCCGCAGCGACCAAGGAGGCCGAUGUGACGUUUAUGGUCUCCGGCAUGGGGGGCGGGUCGGUGUUGAUGGGGUUGUUGGAGAAGUGUAUCUGGGAAGGAAAGGAGGCGGGUGAACAGGGAGCAGCGGUGAUUGAGCAGGCCGCAUUUGUGCUAGUUAAUGUGGCAACGGGAGACGAGGAGUGUAGGAGGAGCGUGGUGAGGGCUCCAAAUGUGUUGGACGCGCUGGUGUUCUUCUGCAACCACCCGUGGAAGGAUGUUCGCGUAGCGGCUGCGAGGUGCGUCGGGAACCUGCUGUCCAGAUCCAAGACGGAGGGUAAAGGCGACGGAGAGGAUCUGCACGAGGAGGCCAAGGCGAGACUCAUCAGAUUCGGUCUGGACGGGAAGAUGAGGGAGAUGGCGCAGUCGGAUGUCGAACUGGAUGUGAGGGAGAGGGCCCGGUCGGCACUGAACAAGUUUGGGUUGGAGGCGUAG